AUGGAUGUGUUCAUCCUGAGAAAGUUAGGCACACGAUGGACAGCAAUAAUGGGGGCUGUGUUGGCUUGUUGUGGCUGCAGUGUCAGUUUCCUGGCUGACAGUCUGCUCUUCCUGUAUCUUAGUUACGGAGUCCUCCAAGGGUUUGGCUUCAGUUUGCUAUUCCUGUCUGCCACCCUGACUCUAAACCAGUACUUUGAGAAACGACGGAGCUUGGCCAAUGCAGUGGCUAACAUAGGGUCGGGGGUAGGGACGAUGGCCAUUGUUCCCCUCCUACAGAUGAUGAUCUCAGAAUACACCUGGCGAGGGGCGUUGUUGAUUACAGGUGGGCUUGUCCUCAACUGUGCAGUGUUUGGGGCACUUUUCAGGCCGUUUUACACCAGGCAGGAACUCAGUGACAUGUCAACCGAAUCAAAGAAUUCAGUUGAGGCUACUGGAAUCUGGAAUAAGGUAAAGCCUGCCUUCUCCGUGUUCAUCAACGUCAGAUACACCGUCGUCGUCAUCGGUGUUACCCUGGGAAUUCAGGCCUACUUCAUCCCUUUCAACCUUCUUCCAGACCUGGCGAAUGGCAUGGAUAUCCCGGAGGAGAGGUACACGUGGUUGAUAUCAACCAUUGGUAUAUCCAGCAUAGCAGGACGCCUGAUAUUUGGUCGUGUAACCGACAUGUCACGUGUCAACAGAGUGGCUUUCCUUGGCGCCGCCAGUGUAUGGACGUACCUACAAGCAGUUUCCGUGGCAGAUAUUCAUGGAAUGGAAAAACUCAGUGAAGGAAUCGGCCUUAUGUUUGGGUUUCAAGGAAUAAGUGUCCUCCUGGGUACCCCACUUGCUGGCUGGUUGUACGAUGUCACCGGAAACUAUGCCACUUCCUUCUACGUUGCCGGAAGUUUGUUCUCUAUAGGGGGCGCUAUCAUCCUCGUGUUUGAAGUCUCACGCACCUGCCGGAAGUCAGAACUGUCACACAAAUCUUACCAAGUAGAAGAACGUGUCUCUGACAAUAUUUUCUAUGUGAUGAAUACAAGGCACUGA